AUGGACCAAAAUAUCCUGGAGCAAAUACUUGAGGGGAGGAUGAAGCCAACGCAUCUUCCACUAGAAACUUUACGGAAAAUCACAAACGAAUUUUCCACAGAUAGAAUAAUCGGCGAAGGUGGAUUUGGAACAGUCUAUAAGGGUGUCAUCGGAAACAGGACUGUUGCUGUGAAGAGGAUUAUGAGUAGCAUGACAAUUAAUCAGAAACUCUUUCUCCGUGAGGUUGACAGCCAGAUGGAUGUUAGCCAUGAAAAUGUAGUCCGUUUUCUUGGCUUAUGUUCUCAUACAGUGGAGACACCAGUGCGAAAUCCAGAUUCCCGGGGAUAUAUUUUGGCUGAGAUAAGAGAAAGGUUACUUUGUUUUGAAUAUGUCAGUAAUGGAAGCCUUGAUAAAUAUAUUGCUGAUGAAUUAAGAGGACUUGAAUGGGAUAUACGUUAUCAGAUUAUAAAAGGAAUAUGCGCAGGUUUGCAUUAUCUGCAUGAGGAAAAACGUAUUCUUCACAUGGAUCUUAAGCCUGCCAAUAUACUACUAGAUGAUCAGAUGGUGCCAAAGAUCACAGAUUUUGGUCUAUCAAGACCAGUGGAAAAUCCACAAACCAUGACCACAAACCAUUUUUCAUCACCAGGGUAUGGCGCUCCGGAAAACCUGUUUGGUCGUGGUACCAUGUCUGUCCAGUCAGACAUGUACAGUUUGGGUGUCAUAAUCGUCGAACUGGUGACAGGAGAACGUAAGGGUAUCCCUGAUAAUAAGAAUAAUAUAAAUCCGCUUUAUUAUUGGGAGGAUGGCAUGCUUGGAGUUGAGCCGCUGGAGCUACAGUUUGAGUAUAACGAGCAACAACAGAUUUCAUCAUGUUCAGUUGAGCUAAGCAACGAUACGGAUGGUUCCAUUGCAUUCAAGAUUCAAUCGACGAGCCCGUUGCCAUACUUCAUUGAACGAAACGGGGAUAUUGUGAAACCACAUUCUAAAUGUAGCGUGGUCAUAGCAAUGCCAGUUGCUAAUACACAGGAUCAUAAGGGCACACUGCAAUAUGGUACUAGUAAUAAGCAAUGCUCCCAGGAGUUCAUCGUGCAAAGCAUUAAAGUGGAUGAAGGUCUUACAACUAAGGAUAUCAACCAAGACAUGUUUGAUAAACAUACAAAGGGUCAUCAAGUUGAUGAGAUUCUUUUGACCGUUGUUUCUGCAGAAUCAUGCAGUGAAGAGUUGCCAAAUACAUUAGCUACACUACAAGGAGGAUACCAGCCAGAAGCUAUUUGGAUGAUUGACCAUAUAGAAUGA